AUGUCAAGUCCAUUUAGGCAACAACGAUCUUUUCCAUGUCGAAUACCAGUUCGAAUUUCAAGAAAUUAUUCUAAAUUACCACCUAUUACACCAUCAAUUCAUUCAAUAGACGAUGAAAAUCGAUCAACCAAAACCACAAACACUCCUCGUUCAGUUGAUCAAAUAAAUUUAUCGCGUCAACCUACACCAAUCGUUAAUUCAACAGAAUAUAACAAUUUUAAAUCUUCACUAAGUAUUGAUAGUAUUGAUAUUGAUCAUGAAAUAUCACCUAAAGAUGUCAGUGAAUUUUGGAAUAAACUUCGUCAACAUAUUUCAAAAGAAACCUCAAAAAAUUCUGAUAAUCAUGGAUGUCAACAAACACCAAAUAAAGUUGUACGAAUUUUUGUUUCAUCAACAUUUACAGAUUUUUUCAACGAACGAGAAGUUCUAAUAAAACAAGUUUUUCCUGAAUUACGCGAUGAACUAGAACCAGUUGGUCUUCAAAUAAUUGAUUGUGAUCUUCGUUGGGGUGUUCCAAAAGAUUCAACAACUGAACAAACAAUUUUAACAUGUCUUGAAGAACUCGAUCGAUGUUUUGAAGAUAAUGGUCAACCAUUUUUUAUUGGUCUUGUCAGUGAUAAAUAUGGAUGGGUACCGAAAAUAGAUGAUUUACCAAAAAAUAUAACUGAACGAUAUCGUUGGAUUGAUGGUGCAUCAAUAACAUUAAUGGAAUUUAUUCAUGGUGCAUUUCGUACACAUAAUCCAAAUGCAUUUUUUCUAAUUCGAAAUUCUGAAAAUGUUCUAAAAAAUCUUCCUGAAAAAUAUCUAGAUCGAUUUCGUGAUAAAGAUGAAUUAAGCCAAAAACAAAUUCAAGAAUUAAAACAACAGCUAUCUGAUAUUGUCCCUGCGGAACAUAUUUUUAAUUAUGAUUGUUUUUAUAAUCGUCUUGACUCAACAAGUGGACGUGAACGAGUUAAUAUUGAUGGUUUACAAGAUUUCGGAGCUAAAGUCAAAUCUUUUUUAUCAGACGCGAUUCAUAAAUGGUAUCCAGAAAAUUUUGAUAGUCAAAGUUCAUCAAACGCUGAACAAAAACAAAUGACAACAUUUCUUCUUAAUAAAACUCAAUUUUUUGUUGAUCGACCGGAAGAAUUCUCAGCUUUAGCUAAAUAUGUAACAGGUGUUCAUGAUGAUUUCACAUUACUGUAUAGAAAAGUAGCACAUCCUGAAGGUCAUCCGCCUAUGUUGGCUAUAAGAGGACAAGCAGGAGAUGGUAAAACAAUGUUACUUGGAAAAUUUGUAUUACAUAUCGAAGAAAAAAUGAAAGAUAAAUUUCUUCUUUUUUAUCAUUUUCUUGAUGGAGCAUUUCAUCCUAAUGCAAGUCAUUUCAUGUAUAAUGCUUUAGUAAAAAAAUUAGAUAAAUAUCUCGAGGAUAAUAAUCUACAAUAUUCCGAAGCUGGUGAACGACUUUUGACAACAAGUGAAACUUUUCUACCGAGAGCUAUUGAACUCUUAUCUAUCCCACUUGUUAUUAUUAUCGAUGGAUUAGAUAAAGGCGAUAUUCAUCAACAACGAAAAUAUUGCAAUGAAUUUCCAUUUGGUUAUUAUCGUGACCUACGUAGUGAUCAUACAUAUAUUGUACUCAGUUGUGAAAAUGAAUCAGCAUUAUAUCAAGAAAUUAAUAAUUAUUAUCAUUAUGAAUUAGACCUUAAACCAUUAACAAAUGAACAAUGUUCAUUAUAUAUUGAAGGAUUUUUUACUCGAUUUAAUAAAAUUAAUACUAAAUAA